CCAGAACAUCAUAGUUUAUAUUCUGUAUAUCCAGCAACUACUGAGAUACAGUCUGACGUUCUUUCUGCAGUGUUUACUACUUUGCUAUGUCGUUGAACUGCGGCCGUCUCCACCUUUCCGACAGCACUUGAACGCAGCAGCAGGAGCUCAUCUGUUGGACAGGGAAACUAAUCAGGAGCCAAGUAAAGACUUUUCACUACUGCUAGCUACUAGGCUAGCAAGCUUUUAAAGUGAGCCGUCCAGACGACAAAGGGAUACAGACUCUGUUUAUGAAGUACAGUGUCUCUUGUGUACAACACACAACAUUUGAGCUAUGUUUUAGGAACGCCGUUUUGUUGCGCUGAAAGUAGCAAAGGCGGACAGCCUCUGGCCAGCUGAAGCUUGCGGCUAGCUCAUUAACGUUAGCUGGGAAAGAAGUGCAAGUGGAGGCAAGAAAAUGGAGCUGGACGACGUAGUCCUGUAUCAGGACGAAUCUGGCAGCUCGACCAUGAUGUCCGAGCGGGUCUCAGGUCUGGCCAGUUCAAUAUACCGCGAGUUUGAGCGGCUAAUCGAGAGAUACGACGAGGACGUGGUGAAGGAGCUGAUGCCGCUGGUCGUGGCCGUGCUGGAGAACCUGGACUCGGUGUUCGCUGUCAACCAGGAGCACGAAGUGGAGCUGGAGCUGCUGAAGGAGGACAACGAGCAACUCGUUACUCAGUAUGAGCGAGAGAAAGCACUGAGGAAACACGCAGAAGAGAGGUACAUCGCCUUUGAAGACACCCAGGAUGGCGAGAAGAAGGAUCUCCAGUGUCGACUGGUGAAGUUGGAGUCGCACACACGUCAGCUAGAGCUGAAAACUAGAAACUAUGCAGAUCAGAUUAGCAGAUUUGAGGAGAGAGAAGCAGAGCUCAAGAAGGAGUAUAAUGCCCUUCAUCAGAGGCACACAGAGAUGAUCCACAGCUAUAUGGAGCACCUGGAGCGAACCAAACACCAGCACCCAGUGACGGCACCGGAGCCCUCAGAUGCAGGCACAUCAGCCAGAACACGGAUGAAUUGUCCGGUGCAAAUCGCGGUGGCUCCAAGUCCAGUACUCCAGCCAACCAGGGAAGUGUCUCCAAAAGUGGAGCAUCCAAAUCCAACACCCCCAUGUCCUCUCAGGGCGGUACCUCUAAAUCAAACACCCCCACAUCUACACACAGUGCUAACUCUCUCCCAUCUCCUCAUGAUGGAGUGUCCGUCGGAACAAGUCCCGGGUCCGCAGUCGGGGGUGGGUCUGCCACUGCCACACCCGUGUCUACUGCUGCUUCCGAUGUCACCAUGGAGUCUGUGGACACGCCGCUGCGAGAACAGGAAUUUUCUGAUGGGCUCAACAAGAACCUGAACAGGACCAGUGGGAAACCAGAGAACAGUAAGAACAUUGCAGCGGUGCAAGAAGGACAGCAAGGACAGCUGGGUCAGCUUGGACAUGAUGGGCAGGAAGCUCCCUCUACACCUCUCAAAGGGGAUGAUGGAGCCGACAACCUGGAGAAGUCUGAGGUGCAGGCCAUCAUAGAGUCCACUCCUGAGCUGGACAUGGACCUCGGUGGCUGCAGAGGCACAAGCACACCAACCAAAGGUGGCAUAGAGAAUCUGGCGUUUGACCGUAACACUGAAUCUCUGUUCGAGGAGCUGUCGUCUGCAGGAAACGACCUGAUAGGAGAUGUGGAUGAAGGAGCCGACCUGCUGGGUAUGGGUCGGGAAGUCGAACAUCUUAUCCACGAGAACACCCAGCUGCUGGAGACCAAAAACGCUCUGAAUGUGGUAAAAAACGACUUGAUAGCUCGCAUGGAUGAACUGUCUUGCGAGAAGGAAGGCCUGCAGGGCGAGCUGGAUGCUGUCACUCAGGCCAAGACCAAACUGGAGGAGAAGAACAAAGAAUUAGAAGAAGAACUGAAGAAGGUUAAAGCAGAGCUCGAUGAGGCCAAACAGAAGGUCAAGAAUGAAAACGAGGAUGAUAGCGAUGUGCCCACUGCACAGAGGAAGCGCUUCACCAGGGUGGAGAUGGCCAGAGUCCUGAUGGAGAGGAACCAGUAUAAGGAGAGGCUGAUGGAGCUGCAGGAGGCAGUCAGAUGGACAGAGAUGAUCCGGGCCUCAAAAGAGAACCCAGCUCUACCAGAGAAGAAGAAAUCCAGCCUCUGGCAGUUGAUUUUCAGCCGUUUAUUUAGCUCGUCGGGCGGGGCGGCCAAGAAGCCGGCAGCGGAGGCCCCGGUGAACGUCAAGUACAACGCACCCACCUCUCAGAUUCAGCCGUCCGUCAAGAAGAGGAGCAGCACCCUGCAGCAACUGCCCAGUGACAAGAGCAAAGCCUUUGAUUUCCUCAAUGAGGAAGUGGCAGCCGAUAGCGUGGUGUCCAGGCGAGAGCAGAAGAGGGCUCAAUACGAGCAGGUCAAAGCCCACGUCCAGAAGGAGGACGGCAGAGUGCAGGCUUACGGCUGGAGUCUGCCUAAGAAAUACAAAGCCAAUGGUGGUCAGUCAGAAAGUAAGGUGAAGAAUCUACCUGUUCCUGUCUUCCUCAGACCACUGGAUGAGAAAGAUGCUUCUAUGAAGCUGUGGUGCGCUGCUGGUGUGAACCUCUCUGGAGGUAAAACCAGAGACGGAGGUUCCAUCGUAGGAGCCAGCGUGUUUUACAGCGACGUGCCUGGACCAGAGAGCCCUAAAAAGAAAAUAGGAUCUCAGAGCAGCCUGGAUAAACUGGAUCAAGAACUCAAGGAUCAGCAGAAGGAGUUGCGGCAUCAGGAAGAGUUAUCGUCGCUGGUUUGGAUCUGUACCAGCACCCAGUCCACCACUAAAGUUGUCGUCAUUGACGCCAACCAGCCUGGAAACAUCCUGGAGAGCUUCUUCGUGUGCAACUCCCACGUCCUCUGCAUCGCCAGUGUACCAGGUGCAAGAGAGACUGACUACCCAGCUGGUGAGGAAGUAGCUCCAAACUCUGAGACAGGACCAGCAGGAGAUGGCAGCUCAGAACCAACCAAUAGCAGCUCUGCGGGUGGCGACGGCGUGCUGGGAGGCAUUACUGUUGUCGGCUGUGAAGCUGAGGGAAUAGCAGCAGUUCCUCAGACAGCAGUCAGUCCAGAAAAAGAUGAAGAAACUGAAUCCAGACCGGCAGAGGAAGCCACAGAGGCGACGGAGGCCAGCGCGGGGCCAGCUGACCAAAGAGAGAGUCUGAGGGGAGCCUACACCGAACACGUCUUCACCGAUCCGCUGGGAGCUCAGCAGACUGCAGAGGCUCUGGCCAACUACUCUCAGAGGGAGAGUGAUCUGUUGAAAGAUGGAGUGAGCUCAAACCCCACUGCGGAGGAGCAGGACCUGAUGAGAGAGGAGGCUCAGAAAAUGAGCAGCGUUCUGCCCACGAUGUGGCUGGGGGCGCAGAAUGGAUGUGUGUACGUGCACUCCUCUGUGGCUCAGUGGAAGAAGUGUCUCCAUUCUAUAAAGCUGAAGGACUCUGUGCUCGGUAUAGUGCACGUGAAAGGCCGUGUACUGGUCGGCCUCUCUGAUGGAACUUUAGCCAUUUUCCACAGAGGAGUAGAUGGACAGUGGGACCUGACCAACUACCAUCUGUUAGACCUGGGGAGACCCCACCACUCCAUCCGCUGCAUGACUAUAGUACAUGACAAAGUGUGGUGCGGCUACAGGAACAAGAUCUAUGUGGUGCAGCCCAAAGCCAUGAAGAUAGAGAAGUCAUUUGACGCCCAUCCUCGUAAGGAUAGCCAGGUACGUCAGCUGGCCUGGGACGGCGAUGGAAUCUGGGUGUCUAUUAGACUGGACUCCACUCUCAGGCUGUUCCACGCUCACACCUUCCAGCACCUUCAGGACGUCGACAUCGAGCCCUACGUCAGCAAGAUGCUGGGUACGGGGAAACUAGGCUUCUCUUUUGUGAGGAUCACAGCUCUCAUGGUGUCGUGUAAUCGUCUUUGGAUCGGCACUGGAAAUGGAGUGAUCAUCUCCAUCCCUCUGACAGAGACCGCCAACAAGGUUACCAAGGCAGCAGGUAACCAACCAGGAAGCGUGGUGCGCGUCUAUGGUGACGACAGUGGUGACAAAGUGACAGCGGGGACGUUUGUUCCGUACUGUUCCAUGGCUCACGCUCAGCUCUGUUUCCAUGGUCACAGAGAUGCUGUCAAAUUCUUCACAGCUGUUCCAGGUCACGCAGUUCCAUCUGCGUCCUGCGGAGGAGAGGCAGCAGGUGACAAAGCAACAGAUGCCGCAACUCAGGAAGGAACUAAGUCUGUGUUGGUGAUGAGCGGAGGAGAAGGCUACAUCGACUUCAGGAUGGGUGAUGAGGACGGCGAGGUGGAGGAGGGCGAGGAACACCCCAUGAAACUGCAGCCCUUCCUGGCUAAGGCCGAACGCAGCCACCUCAUCGUGUGGCAGGUCCUGGCCAGCGAGGACUAAACUCUGACCGCGGGACCCCCGAGGCCUGAUUUGCCUUUUCUCUAAAUCUCGCUGCCGUGGAGGAGUUCAGGUGGACGACUCCCCCUCUGCAGGCACGAGUUUAAUCAGCACUUUUCUUUUCUUCCUCAAACCUGAACAAUGAGUGUGAAACAAGCAGGAACUGCUCUGAGAGCUUACUGAGCGGUAAACUGGACUGGAGCAGUGCGAUCAGAUUCACGCAAACUGCAUGUUAUUGUUUUACUAUUAGUCCUUUUCUCUUGUUUGUUCUUUUUAUUUUUUUAUUUUAUGGAUUUGAAUUUCAAUCUAUUAUAAUGCCUCUUUCUCUUUUUAAUAUGAUUUGAGGUAAACCUGUUAUUGGAUACAGAACUGUUUGUUAUAUUUGCAAUAGAUACAAUGAAUUUUUUCUGAGAUUUGCAGGUUCGGUUACUGUGUGCGCACGCUGGACUCAACUUGACAUUAAAUCAGUGGGUCAAGAUGGAAAAUAAUCACCUGUGAGCUCCCCUGUUGCCCUUCAAUAAUGUAAGACUGUAGCAGUCAUAUGUGGGAACCAAUCACAUGGGAUCGUUGAUGAAUCCCAACUCUUAUGUUGUUUCUCAUCCUUUGAGAACUCGGCUAUUGAUUGUAUGCAAGACAAAUUUAAUUGAUCGCCAGUUGUCUCUAGGUCAGGAUUCGUUUAAAUGCAAUUCAUCUAAUUUCCCAUUUGUUUGAGCAGAUGGCCCUGUAUUUAUCUUAAUAUUCAAGAUAAAUAUUAAUGGUAGUCCGAGUUUAUGUCUCUCAUGCGUGUAUUACCAUUACAUUUUUGUUGCAUUAUUCUCUGAAAAAUAAGUACCUGGAAAUGUUUUUGAAAGGUAAUUUAAUAACACCGCUGUUCUGGAUGUAUUCCCAGAAUCCUCAGCCUCUUCUAACCAUCUGAAUGAAGAAGUAUUACGUGUGCUGUAUUGUAAAAAACAAUUUUAACCCGUUCUCAGAACAGAGCUAUGUGUUGUUAAAUUACCUGCUAACAGCAUGGCUCAGGUCUGUCGCUCUGUCCAUCACUCCGAUCCAGACUCAAAUGUCUCAACAACCACUGGUAGACAUUACCGUCCCCCUCAGGUUCAAACUUAGUGAUCCUCUGACUUUUUCUCUAGCGCCACCAUCAGGUCUGAACUUGACUUUGUCCAAUACUAUUGUUUAUGACCAAGUAUCUAAAGUCUAAUGACAUUCCCAGCAGCCUCUGCUGUACUUUGUGUUUUAUGCUAAUUAGCUCAUUUUAACAUGCUAACACAUGCUGAACAUGGUGAAUGUACCUGCUAAACAUUAACAUGCUAGCAUUUUCAUUGCGACCAUGUUAGCAUGCUAACAUUAGUAUUUAGCUUAAAGCACUGCUGUGCCUAAGGACAGCCUCACAGAGCUGCUAGCAUGGAUAUAGUCUAGAGUUGUUCCAACAUUGAUGUCAGUAUUGGAAGUUCCUGCAGUACUGCCUUAAAUGCAGCACUGUCUGUGCACUGAUCUGACACCACACAGUUUAUUAGCCCCUAAACAGGACCCUGCUACUUCCAAGCAGUUGUCCAGGAUAGUGAAGUCAUGACCUACCCAACUCUGACUCUGACAGGGUUAAACCAGAGACAGGUCAUACAGCAGUGAUAGCAAUCAUACAGGCUUACAAGUAUUCACUUGUUUAAAAAAUAACAAUAUACAGUGUGUGUGUAUAUAAAUAUAUAUUUUAACGCACAUGUAUCGGAUCGGUACUUGAAAAAAUGGUAUUGGAACAUCACUAAUAUAGUCUUCAAAGAUCAGCAGGUCCUUAUUUUUCAGAAAAUGGGAUGCUUAGCUCUGAGACUUGAAUGUAAUGAUAAUACAUCGGGGGCAUGAACUGGAGCCUAACUAACUCACUGACAGAGUUCCAUUCACCAAACCUGCAAUUAUGAAAUGAAUAGCAGCAGCUGCUGCGACAUCCAGCACUGCGUACUGUAAAUCCUCCCUUCCUUUGAGUUAGCUUCGGUUGCAAUGCUGAAAGAUUGAUAGACCACAGACCUGUAUUUAAUCCCAUAUUACAUGAGUCGUCUGCUCUGUCUGCCCACCAGCUCCAGCUUGUCGACACUUUAUAAAUAUGCCUUAGAUAUCAAAGGUUGAAAGGACUAACUUCCAGGCUUUUCAAGUGUGACAAAGUAUUUAUUUUUCCUUGAAAGAAUGUUACGUUUGCUACCAAAGGAUAAAGAAUUAAAGAUGGAUAGUUUGCCACAUGCUGAAACAAUACUAGAGUCUCGUCUAACUCGGCACCUCUGAUCAGCAUGUUUGAGUCUGCCUCCAUGUAGAUAACUUGCAAGUUUUUGUAACAGAAAUCCUGGUGUAUAGAUAAGAUAUAUUUUUAGACUUUCAUAUUAGGAAAUCGAAAUAUUUUCAGGGUGUGAGAGAAGAGAAUGUGCUGGACCUGUUACUAUGAUAGGAUAAAACAAGCAGCCACACUGAGGAUUACCUACCCCCACCCCAUCUAAUCCUUGUCUUGACAUUUAGAGGUCAAAACUUCUAACGGUGACAUUUUUGGUUUUGCGGCACUGCUCUGUCCCCUUUGUACAAGAUGAUGUUGUUUAUUUGAACUCCUCAGUGAUAUCCCCUCCCGACGGCAAACAGAUUAUCUCGGAAAAUGUUUUUAAGUUUAUUUUUAUUAACUUUUUAAAAAAAAUGUCUUUUAGACUGUACUCUUGAGUACAGUGCACAAGAUGUUCCUUUGGGUGUAAUAUGUAUUUCUGGCCUCUGUGUACCAGUACACUGCACUGGUAUGUUCUUUGUGUUGACCUCUUUGUAAUGAACAGUAUCAGAAGAGGCCUGUCCUCAUCAUGAGAGUGUGUGUGUGUGUGUGUGUGUGCGUGUGUGUCUCUUCUCUCCAGGAGAGGAGAGAGCGGUUUAGCCAUUGCAGUAUUUAUUUACAAUGAUUGAGCCUUUGCAAUUCAGAAUGUAUCUUUGUACAUUGAAUAUGAAUAUAUAUAUGAUUAUAUAUGUAUGAAACAUAAAAAUGGCUUGGGUUUAUUGUUUUGACAACAGUUGUUGCUGUUGAAAUGAAUUUGUUUUGUAGGGGUUAACCUCACUCAGCUAUGCACUAUGUCUCCGAGGGGAGAGGAAUGGGGGAAUGCUUCAGACCUGUUUCUUUUUUUUGUGUAGUAGAAACCCUGCAGCCUGUCCACACAAUCAGUUUUCAGCUCUAAUGCAGGAAAAAAAAGUCAAACUGAAGUCAAUAAGCAACUUCAUCCCACCACAGCAUGAUAGAGUCUCGCCCUCCCCCACAGGUCUGCAUCAGCCCUCUCAUCUGCAUAUGCGUGUCAUUAACUUGGCAGAGACUUUCUCUCUUCCCAGUUGGCAGUACACACGCCAUCUUGUACUUUUACAGCAUCUUUAGCCUUACUUAUUUUUAACAGUCAAUUAAAGCAACUUUUGUGGGCAA